UUAUCUGGUCUUCUAUUAUAUAUUUUGGAAAUUAGAGAAUUAUCUGAAGAUUUUCAUCUAAAAAUUGGCAUUGAUAGUGGUGGUGGAUAACUUAAAGUUUGUCUGAAUGUGCUCCCUGAAAAUGAUCUCGAAUAUUUCAAGAAAUAUAAAAGUGCUGGAAUUAAUAAACUAUUCAUAAUUGGCUUAGGACCAAUGUUGUCUGAAUCUUAUGCUAACACUAAAAGCCUCUUUGAGACGUUAGAUCUGCAGUCCAUAUGUGGAAUUUGUUCCUAUACUUUUGCCGCUGACUUUAAGCUUAUUAUGAUUCUCCUAGGUGUUCAGUCAAAUUCACCCACUCACACUUGCCCAUGGUGUGAUGUAAAUGGAAAAGAAAUGGAAAUUAAAGGAUCAUUCAGAACUAUAAAAAGUAUUACAGAAAAUACAAAUUUAUGGCAACAAUCUGGAGGAAAUAUAACAAAAGCCAAAGAUUUUAAAAACUGUAUAAACAUACCUUUAAUCAUUGGCGACGAAGAAACACCUAUCUUAAAGUAUAUUCCCCCUCCUGAGCUUCACCUUUUGUUAAGUGUGGUUCAAAAACUAUUUGAUUGUCUUGAAUUGGAGAAUACCAAUGUUGCAACAGAAUGGAUAAAAAAAAGCGGGAUUGAAACUAGAUCAUUAUGGAAAAUGUAACGGAAAUAACGCCAGAGAACUUUUAAAGAAAGUGGAUAUUUUGAAGACGAUAUCGCCGUAAAGAAUCCUAUUCAAAGUCUUUAGAAGCAAAAACCUAAACAUCUUUUUUUUUAGGAAAUAAAUAUAUUGCAGUGUUUUCUGCAUUCAAUCAGUUUCGAGUUGUAUUGGUCAAGCACUAAACAAACAUUUUGAACAUGACAUCGAACAAUUUAGAUUGGAAAUACUCAACUUAGGUAUUAAGAUAACUCCAAAGAUUCAUGCAAUUCUGCAUCAUGUGCCAGAGUUUAUAAAAGCAAAUCAUAGAGGUCUAGGAUUUUACUCGGAACAAGCAUCUGCGAGCAGGUUCAUUUUUCCUUUAAAUUAUUUUCUAAAAAGUUUAACUUGAAUCCUCGUUCAGAAAGCUACUAAAAUAGUCUUUUACGAUGUAUUUGUAGUUAUAAUAGUCCACGUAUUUAAGAUUUGUGUUGUACUUAGCUUUAGUUAAAUUUAGGGAUAAACCACUUAGUUAGGGAAAAAAUAUAAUUAUUCUAACUUAUUAGUUAACAUGUUUAUGCAAAAUAAAACAUAUUAUAGCUG